UUCAGUAUUUUGAUGGAGAAAUCAUUGCUGGCCCCCGAAAUACUCUUGAAUUCCGGCCACAAAAUGCCAUCUCUAGCUUUAGGAACUGCGACAUAUCCCAUGCCAACACCCCACCAGCUCACCUCCAUCCUCAUUGACGCCAUCGCCGCCGGCUACCGCCACAUUGACACCGCUGCCUCCUACGGCACUGAGGAGACCGUUGGACAGGCCGUGGCAGCUGCAGUGGAGCGUGGCCUCAUUGGUAGCCGCAAUGAGGUUUUUGUUACGUCAAAGUUGUCAACAAAAGACACUCAUCGUGACCUCGUCUUGCCUGCCCUUAAGGAAACACUUCGGAAGCUGGGGAUGGAUUACGUGGAUCUGUACCUUGUGCACUGGCCAAUAAGGAUAAAGCAAAGUGCUGACCCUUUCAAUCUGAGAGAAGAAGACAUGCUUGAAUUUGAUGCAAAGGGAGUUUGGGAGGGGAUGGAAGAGUGUUGCAGAUUGGGUUUGGUUAAGUCAAUUGGUGUGAGCAACUUCAGCUGUGCAAAACUCUCAAAGCUCUUGGAGUUUGCCUCCAUCCCACCAGCAGUCAACCAGGUUGAGAUGAAUGUGGGAUGGCAACAACAGAAAAUGUUGGAGUAUUGCAAGGAGAAGAGGAUUCAUGUAUGUGCAUGGUCGCCUCUUGCAGCAAAUGGUGCUAUUUGGGGUUCCCUUGCUGUCAUGGACAGUCCAAUUCUCAAAGAAAUUGCAGCUGCUAAAAACAAGACCAUAGCUCAGGUGGCAUUGAGAUGGAUACAUGAGCAGGGAGGAACUCCUAUAGUAAAGAGUUUCAACAAGGAGAGGAUGAAACAAAACCUUCAAAUUUUCGACUGGGAACUCACUGUUGAUGAACUCUGCAAGAUUCAGAAGGUUCCUCAGGCUAAAGGGUUUAGAGGAGAAAGAUUUGUUUUCCCAGAGGGGCAAUACAAAUCACUGGAACAACUCUGGGAUGGAGAAAUAUAGCAAGAAUAUCACUUUCUGUACAAGUUUUCUUGCUCUUGGUCCAAUCUAAAUCAGAUUUUGAUAAGGAAAAGUAUUGGUGGAACGGCUGAACAUCCACGGAGAUUGAGUAUGUUAUAUUUCCAGAAACAAUCAACUUUCAAAACCAAGAACAGCAACUCGCGAAAUCUGUAUGCUGACACUUUCAUAUAGAGGUUCAAAAAGUUUAUGUACAAUCAGAGGUUAUCUUUACAGAGUUUCCAUUGACGUGAUUCUUUUCCACAAAUAAUCAAUCGCUAACAAGAAAUGCCUCUAAUCAAGUUGAGAACACCGAUCUUCUCACAUAAUAUCUGAUGCUGUUUUGUGAGAGCGAUAGAUUCGAAUCUGA